AACAGUGGGCAGUUGAACGGCAGCCAGAGCCCCAAAGAAGCCAACUCCAGGGAGGAGGAGAGGAAGCAGAAGGUUCGGAGUCGGUCUCCUAAGCUUGGCAAGAUGGGUGACUGGAGCUUCCUGGGGGAGUUCCUGGAGGAGGUCCACAAGCACUCCACGGUCAUCGGCAAGGUCUGGCUUACCGUCCUGUUCAUUUUCCGAAUGCUGGUCCUGGGCACCGCUGCUGAGUCCUCCUGGGGAGACGAGCAGGCUGAUUUCCGGUGCGAUACCAUUCAGCCUGGUUGCCAGAAUGUCUGCUAUGACCAAGCCUUCCCCAUCUCCCACAUUCGCUACUGGGUACUGCAGAUCAUCUUCGUAUCUACGCCGUCUCUGGUCUACAUGGGCCACGCCAUGCACACAGUGCGCAUGCAGGAAAAGCAGAAGCUGCGGGAUGCGGAGAAAACCAAAGAGGCCCGUGCCGCCGGUGCCUAUGAGUACCCGGUGGCCGAGAAGGCAGAGCUGUCCUGCUGGAAUGAAGUGGAAGGAAAGAUUGUCCUCCGGGGCACACUCCUCAACACCUAUGUCUGCACCAUUCUCAUCCGCACCACCAUGGAGGUGGCCUUCAUCGUGGGCCAGUACCUCCUCUACGGGAUCUUCCUGGACACCUUGCACGUCUGCCGCAGGAGUCCCUGCCCUCACCCCGUCAAUUGUUACGUCUCGCGGCCCACAGAGAAGAACGUCUUCAUUGUCUUUAUGAUGGCCGUGGCUGGACUGUCUCUCUUUCUCAGCUUAGCAGAACUCUACCACCUGGGCUGGAAGAAGAUCCGACAGCGCUUUGCCAAGUCCCGGCGGGGGAUGGAUAAGCAGCAGCUUCUUGGCGCCUCUACCAGCCUAGCCCAGAGCCUCACUUCUCCCCCUGUCUUCAACCAGUGCCUGAACAGAGUGGGCGAGAAGUACUUGGGGGACUUAAGUCAUAAUAUGUGUUCCCGGAAGAAUCCAGACACUCUGGCUGCAGAGGAAGUGCCGGACCAGGAGCAUAUUUCUCGAGGUUUCAACAUGCAAUAUAGCCAGAAGCCCGAGGAGCCCAAUGGAGCCUCUCUGAGCCACGACCUUCCUCCGAGCUACCGUGCUGACAAGCGCCGCCUUAGCAAGGCCAGCAGCAAAGCCAGGUCAGAUGACCUGUCAGUGUGACCCUCUGAGGGAAGGCCAGUCCCAGAAGGGAUCUCAGGAGGCUGCGACAGGAAGAAGCAGUCUCCCAGGACAGUAUAUUCUCCCACUCAGCACUGCCAUGCUCCUUCCGGUCCGGGUCUGGAUAGCAUUGCUCAUCCAUUCUCAAAAUCACAGUUCGAGGGUCUUCCCAAGGACAGGGCUAUUCCUCAGGACUCAUCCUCUACCAGGACACACAGUGAAGCCUUUCACGUGAUUUAUUAAAUUGGAUAGGGUGAAGGCAGGAACGGGAACCAUGACAAAUCUGACCUGGGAAGGAGAGACAUGAAGAUUCAACACCAGCAACAUACCAGAUAGAAACUCCAGGUCUUGGCUUCUUUGGUACUAUCCCCCUCCUUUUUUUAUUUCUUCUUUCUUUUCCUUUUUUUGGAAGAGUUCUCAGCCAGUUGAGAGUGUUCAUCAAGUAAUUUGCAUUGUAUCAUCCCCUUGAAUCUGUUGCUUCCAUGGGCCAUCCCUCCAAGUGGUGCUGAGUUGACCGUGAGCUGCCUUGGCUACACCUCCCUCCUCCCCAUCUUAAGGGGGUUGGUUUCCUUGGUCCUUUGCCAGAAUCAGCUUAACAAGUGCCUUGGUAUGUGCCUUUGGCAAGCAUCUCAUGGUAGUGAUGUAACCUUUCUGACAGGAGAGACACCCAGCUCCUAAGGGUGCCAAGUCCUCUAGGAAGUCACUGUACACACAGGUAGCACUGGCAUCGCCACCCCUGCCAUCCUACUGUCCUUUACAGAUCAACCUAACGAUAGAAACCAUCCUUGCCCGCCUCUUUGGCUGCUCACCCAGGGCUCCUCUCAAAUCUUUGUAAACAGGAAUUCCAAGAAUCCACUAUCCUCUUUUGAACCCUGGCCAGAUUACCAGUCACCAAGUUCAGGGGAAGUUUCCCAGCAUCUGGGGAAACAAGCAAAGCAUUGUGCUUCUCCUAGGAAAAAGCAAUUCUGCUGUUAAAAUGAAAAUUUAAAAAAAAUGAGAGAAGAUACUAGAAAACUAUUUUCCCUCCUAUGAUGUCGUUCACUGUCUGACUGCCAAGAGGAGGCAAGGUGACAGCUACCGAGGCCCCAAAUCUUUCUCAGAGGUAUCAAGGGGACAUAGAAGAAGGAGGGGCUGUUUUGGGCAAAGCCCUUAUUUAAAUUCCUAUGUUUCCUUGGUAACCCUAGGAAUAUACCAGGGAAGGACUGCAGAAAAGCCCUGCCUUCCUCAGGGUCUAGCCUGGGGUCUCUACUGAAUAGAUCCAUAUUAGGUUGUCUUCCAUUUUUUUUACACAGAUAAAAGAUGCUCAGGAUCAGAUACCGAGACUCAUAGACAUGUUGCAGCAUUAAAAUAGGUCCGUGUGUGUACACGCGUGCAUACAUGUAUAUACGUGUGUGUGCAUGUGUGUGUACAUGCUUAUAGGAUGGUGAAGAAUGGUAAGGAAGUGAGAAAUGUAUAGAGAAGUUUGGGUCUUCCUGCCCCACUUGCAGUUGUCUGGCAGGAGGACAGAACUUACGUCAUCAGCCUAAGGGACAGGCAUGAGGAGUCUACAGGAGGGUGAAGGCUCAGAGGUCAGUCUCUGCCCCCUGACCAUCACUGGGACCCUCGGCUGGCAUUUGGAUGGCACUGGUGGAUAGAAAGGAAGGCUUGGGAAGGAAGAAGUGACGGGAUACUUGGGAAAGCACGACCUCCCCUCCCCCCUGCCCACCAACAUAUUUCAUUCCUUAUGAUUCUCUGUCCUUCUAGUUAUGGGAUGUGUUUGUUUUCCAAAAUGAGUGUUUUUAAAUUAGAAACUCUGAGGACCAGCCUUUGAAUGGCGAGGUUUUCAGAGGGGAAAGGGGACAUAAUAUGUGUAGCUUGUUUUCAA